ACGGUUCCUUGCUCCAGCAGCUCUUGAGCUCUAUUGUUUACAUUUUUUGUGUUGACUUUGAGUUGACAAACUGACGUGUUGGUUGUUUAAAAUUUACGACUUUAAUUUUUGUUAAUUUGUUGUUAUCGCUACAACACAAUUUGUGAUAUUUACGUAGACUAUUCCAUAAUAAGAGAAUUAUGUUGAAAGCAGUAAUUCUUAUCGGUGGGCCUCAAAAAGGCACUCGCUUCCGGCCCCUCUCUCUAGAUACCCCAAAGCCACUAUUUCCCAUAGCUGGCUUACCAUUAAUACAACACCAUAUUCAUGCAUGUGCUAAACUGAAAGAAUGCAAAGAGAUACUCAUCAUCGGAGCAUACACAACAAAUCUAAUGGCACAAUUCAUCAGUGAUAUGCAAAAGGAAUAUCAUGUUAUUAUAAGAUAUUUACAAGAAUUCGCACCACUCGGUACAGGUGGGGGCUUAUACCACUUUAGAGAUCAGAUCCGCGCUGGGAACCCAAUGGCAUUCUUCCUGUUGAACGGUGAUGUCUGCGCAGACUUCCCUCUAAGAGAACUACUGACAUUCCACGAGGAAAGACCAACUGCACUGGUUACCAUUAUGGGUACAGAAGCAACAAGGCAACAGUCGGUCCACUACGGUUGUAUGGUUCGAGAACCAUCCACAAAGGCUGUUAACCAUUAUGUGGAGAAACCAAACAGCUACGUAUCGACACUGAUCAACUGUGGAGUGUAUGUGUGUUCGUUACAAGUGUUCCAUACUAUGGCUGAAUCUUUCCAGAAAAAACAGGAUGUGUAUUAUAGUGGCAAUGGCCAAAAUGGCCACCCAGGCUACAUGUCAUGGGAACAAGAUGUCUUAGCGCCGCUCGCUGGGACAAAUAAACUUUAUGCAAUGCAGGUGACAAAUUGGUGGUCGCAAGUGAAGACUGCUGGGUCAGCCAUAUACGCCAAUCGGCAUUACCUAGAGUUGCACAAGGAGAGAGAAAAGUCUGCCAAACCGCCAUCUUGUAACAUCCUUCCAGAUGUGUUUCUGCAUCCGACCGCUUCUGUGGAUAGCACUGCUGUGAUCGGUCCCAACGUGUCAAUCGGCGCAGGCGUCUCUAUAAAGGCUGGUGUCAGAAUCAAAGAAUCUAUAGUACUGAACAAUGCUACCAUCAAUGACCACGCGCUCGUCAUGUAUUCUGUAGUGGGUCAGGACGCUUCAGUAGGGGAAUGGGCGCGGGUGGAAGGCACUCCCUCCGACCCCGACCCCAACAAGCCGUUCGCUAAAAUGGACAACACUCCCCUAUUCAACACUGACGGAAGACUCAACCCAUCUAUUACGAUACUUGGUUCGGGCGUAGUAGUUCCUGCCGAGACGAUUCUUCUCAAUUCCAUAGUCCUACCGCACAAACAUCUAACAAGAAGUUUCAAGCACGAAAUCAUUUUAUAGUGUUAACCCUGUCAUUGCUAUGACACUAGAAAAGGAUAGCCUGUAAGUGCUAAUGACCAUUUAAUGUAAAAUGUAAGUACAACUGUCUUAUGUUCUCUUUUACUUGAAGUAUUUGUAAUGCUGGCAUUUAACAUGGAUAUUCGUAUUUGCUAUUCGUAAAUUUGUCACUAGUCUAUUCAUUUUAUUCACUAUAGAGCAUGACAAGGAUAUACUGCUAUCAUAUUUACACCGCUAUUAAAUACCCUAGAUACACCAACACAAACAAAAUCGUGCCCGAAACCUGUCCAAAAGGUACAUUGGACGAUCCACGGAACUUCGUAAGAUGAUCGCGUAGUUAAAAGCAAUAUAAGGCAUUCUGUAAACAUUAAAAAUCACCUUUAAUGCAUACUGUAUAAGAUCUUAAUUAAAACGCAUGCGUCAAAUAGUUAUGACAGUUCGAAAUGCAAGCUCGUAAAAUUUUACGACUUAUUGCUGUAUGCGGAAGAAUAUAUACCUUAUUUCCUUGACGCUACGCGCAAUUCUGAAUGCGCUGUUAGCAAUGUAGCAGGUACGGAUCGCGAAGAAAAGGAUAUUACCGACCAUGCAUUUGAAUAUCACAAAUAUUUCACGACCUCCGUGGCCGAGUGGUUUGUACGCCGGGUUUCAUGGUGUCGCCGACCCGAGCGGUCCCGGGUUCGAAUCCCGGUGGGGGCAGAUGUUUGUGUGAUGAAUAACAGCAUUUGUACUCCAGUCAUGGAUGUUUAAUAUGUAUUUCUAUAUAAAUAUACUUAUAUAUGUACAAUAUAUGUAUUCUAUCCGUUACUCUAGUAUCCCAUAACACAAGCCUUACAGUGCUUACUUUAGGUCUAGGCUAAUUGGUGUGAGUGUUGGAAAUAUUUAUUUAUUAUAUUUAUUAUUUAUUUUCUAUUACAUCAGUUUAUAGUAAGUAUUAGAAGAAAAUUUGCUUCAAAUGCGUUAAAUUCACAAAAAUAGAUUAGAUACCUGUCGAAAAAACGACACAUUACAUACUGUUAAGUAUUUUUUUUCGUGGAGCUCUGCGGCAACUUGACUUUUAAACGGUCCGCGCGUAACUGUGAACCGAGAAGUGAAGUGUGGUGUUCAAGCACUUCUUGAUUGGGACACAUUUUGAGCGUACUUGGUGUAUCUAGGGUAUUCAAAAUCGUUACAAAUUUAUGUAAACCAUGUAAGGUGCUAACAGAAGAGAUAAAUAAAUAAAUGUAUAUUUUUACGUUAUAUUCCAAAUAUUUGUUUUAGAAGUAUUUAUUUCAAUUAUAUGCUAUUUGCAAUUAUUUAAUAAUUGUAUUAUUGUCAAAAAAUAUGUAAUUAUUAUAUUGGUAAUUUAAAUUUAUAGGUUAAUGAAAAUUGAACCAAAUAACUGAGUGCUUGUAAGGCGCACAUUUAAGCAUUUAAGUUCAUAUUUUUACGAUACAUUUUUAGUACUUUAGUAUGAGAUCUCUGACCGGAAAGACGAUAUACUAAAUAAGUAAUAAGGUCUUCAUAAUACAUAAAUAUCUUCAUAUGUAAUUCUUGCUCACUCAUAAUUAAACUUACACAAUUUUGGGUUGGAACCACAGACCUAGAUAGAGAUAAAAUUUACUAUAACUUUAACUGGCCUCGCCUGGACAGUUCGUUGUCACUGUCAAAUUACAACCUUAUUUUGACUAUCGUCAAACCACUUUUAACUAACUAGUACUUCAAUGAGGGCUACUGUUUAGACUUUAGACGUAACAAAUAUUGGGUGUAUUCCGAAAUAUACAUCAGUAUACUGGCCAGU